UUGCUCAAUCAGUCAGACAAAACGAAUCGACGGGAAUAGUCAAGAAAUUGAGCAAUCUUGAAAAAAAAAACUACUUAACAUUUACUCAAUAGUUAUCUUGAUAAGACGUGUUUACCAUGAGCAAGCUGCUUAAAAUAGGAUUUUUAGGUGGUGGAAAAAUGGCGCAAGCCAUGGCGAAAGGUUUCAUCUCUGCUGGGCUCACAAAGGGCGACAACAUGGUGGCUAGUUUUCACCCCUCGGAUCAGCCCAACAUUGAAGCAUUCAAAUCGUUCGGUGCGAAAACAUUCGUCGAAAACCUGCCCGUAGUGAAGCAAUCCGAAGUAGUCUUCAUCUCCGUGAAGCCUUCGACGGUUCCUUCCGUGCUCGGAAAUGUCCAGCCGGCCAGUGAUGGAAAGUUGUUCAUAUCGAUUGCGAUGGGUGUUACGUUGGCAGAGUUGGAAAAGUCCCUAUCUACGAAGGCUCGUGUAGUGAGAGUAAUGCCAAACAUUCCGGCCUUGGCUCGAAGUGGAGCAUCGGUUUACGUCCGUGGCAAAGGUGCCACUACAGAGGAUUGCACUUUGACGCAAGCUCUUUUCGAGGCGAUUGGUACCUGUGAAGAGGUUCCGGAAAAUUUGAUAGAUCCCAUCACGGCCCUCUCGGGAAGUGGUCCGGCAUACGUCUUCGUGCUGAUAGAAGCCCUGGCGGAUGGUGCAGUACGAAUGGGGCUGCCGCGGGAUUUGGCCUACCGAUUGGCAUCGCAAACUGUGCUUGGUUCGGGUAAACUUGUACGAGAAUCCGGUCGACACCCGGGCCAGCUGAAGGAUGACGUAACGAGUCCCGCCGGUUCGACCGCUGCCGGAUUGGCAUUCCUGGAGCAAAAUGCAUUCCGACAUGCGGUGGCCGGAGCCGUGGAAGCUGCGACACUCCGAUGUCGUGAAGUUUCGGGCAAUAAAUAGAAUCUAUGACAUUCCAAGCUUAGCUCUCUCGUGGCUCCUCUAGCUUGCGGUGAGCGUGAAAAAACUGUAGAUACUUAUUAGGCUAAUAAAUAAUACCAAACAUCACUCGGAGACAAUAAAAGUGCCUAAGCGAGUCUCCCAACAAUCACAACCGGAUGAAA